GACGCGUGCGGCGGGCUCUGAGGCUCGCGGCGGCGGCGGCUGGCGCCCGGGAGGCCUGGUGGUCGCUGGGCUCUUGUCCAGUGUCCCCGGCGGUGCGCGAGAGAAGAUGUUUAGGCGCAGCCUGGAUAACCGAGACGCUCAGACCAGACAACUACAGGAUGCUGUCACAAACGUGGAGAAGCAUUUUGGAGAGCUGUGCCAAAUCUUUGCUGCCUAUGUACGGAAAACGGCCAGACUGAGAGACAAAGCAGACCUUCUGGUGAAUGAGAUCAACGUGUAUGCCUCUACGGAGACCCCAAAUUUAAAACAGGGUCUGAAAAACUUUGCUGAUGAAUUUGCCAAACUUCAGGAUUAUCGCCAAGCAGAGUGGCAAAAGGUUGAAAGACUUGAAGCCAAAGUAAUUGAACCUUUGAAAGCUUAUGGAACCAUUGUAAAAAUGAAACGAGAAGACCUCAAUGCAACAUUAGUAGCAAGAAAUCGAGAAGCCAAGCAGUUAACUCAGUUAGAAAGAACACGUCAACGAAAUCCAUCUGAUCGACAUGUCAUUUCACAGGCAGAAACUGAAUUACAAAGAGCUACAAUGGAUGCUACCCGAACAACUCGUCACCUGGAAGAAACUAUUGACAAUUUUGAAAAGCAGAAAAUAAAAGACAUAAAGAAUAUAUUUUCAGAAUUUAUCACAAUUGAAAUGUUAUUUCAUGGCAAAGCUUUAGAGGUCUACACUGCUGCCUACCAAAAUAUACAAAAGAUUGAUGAGGAUGAAGAUUUAGAGGUUUUCCGAAAUUCUCUGUAUCCACCAAAUUAUUCAUCUCGUUUAGAUAUUGUAAGAGCAAAUUCAAAGUCACCACUUCAGCGACCACUGUCAACUAAGUGUGUAUCUGGAACAGGACAGAUCUCCACCUGCCGACCAAGAAAGGACCAACCAGCAGAAGAUGAUGAUGAAGAAGAGUUAGAUAUUACAGAAGAUGAAACUUAAUUUUAAAAAACUUCACAUUUUCAUUUUCAUUGCAAAUGACUUGAAAUCCAGUAUUACUCAACUACAGAACUUGAUACUCACUUGACAGGUUAAACUUCAAGAUGAAAUACUACUAAGAAAUAAAAAUUAAAGGAAAUUUAUGAUGACAAAAAAAAAUGAAUGCUUUAAAAAAUAUAACACACCAGUCAUUUAAACAUCCUACCUAUCAGAGUGGGUAUGUGAUCUUUUGUACAAGUUUUUUUUUUUAAAUAUGUAUUUCAAAACACUAAUGAUUCAUGAUAGUAAGUGGAUAACAAAGAUGUAACAAUUCUUCUCUGCUUCCUUUAGGUUAACUUAAAAGUGUCCAAUACCAGAAAUGGUCUGGUUAUAUACAAAUUCUACUCCAGGAAGCCUUAAGCAAAAAGUUGUUUAUUUUUUACUUUUAUUAAACCUUAUAUUUCAUCA